UUAUUCGCCCGUGACACUACUGUCCGACUCGACCCUGAAACAACCCCGAAGGGAUGACAAACUCGGGUUGGGGGGGGGCUCGGCUGCAGCCGCUAAAUGCGUUUUCUUGUGUUAAAGAAGCUAGCUAGAAACGGCUAACGUUGGCUAACGUAGGAAAGCUACAUCCGCAGCAGAUGAGCGCGGCCUUUUCACCUCCUCGUUACGUGCGUUACUUUAUUCAACAGCGCUGCGUGUGUUUUGUUUCAUUUUCUUUACAUUUACCACCAGGAUGUCAUCUUCAGACUGUACAGAGAAUUUGCUUUCCGAGAUAUUGAUCACAAGAUUCGUCCCUCCGGUGUGAUUGGCGGCCUGCCAGAAUUAGUCCAUUUUUGUCUCCGGUGUUGUGACGCGCGCUCCGUCAGGCCAACCGGUGCAGGGCGCGAGGCGGCGAGCUCCACCCUUCGGUGCGAGCAGAUGGAGCCCCUGCAGGCCCAGUCAAUCACGACCUCACUAAUGACCUUACAUCAUCAUGACCGCCAACCUCAAUCUGCUCUCUCAGCAGGAAGUGGACUCUGAGCACGAGGCAGAGACUCCACGAUGAGCGAGUCGCCACGUCGCUUUCAGGUCGUCUCCGCCGAGCCCGCCGCACCACCACAGCGCAUACAGAUUGUAACUGACCAGCAGACAGGUCAGGUAGUGACGGCCAUGAAGCCGUCCAGCGCUCCCAAGCAGCAGUUCAUUCUGACCACGGCUGACAGCUCGGGGGCAGGCAAGGUCAUCCUGGCCUCACCGGACAGCCGCAACACCAAGCACCUCAUCUUCACCGCUGCAGACAGCCUGAUGCCAGGAAGGAUACAGAUCGUCACAGAUCCGGUGUCGAUGGAACGGCUGCUGGGCCAGUCGGGGGACUUGAACCGGCCUCAGUCGGUGGAGUACUGCGUGGUGUGCGGGGACAAGGCCUCAGGCCGCCACUACGGAGCGGUCAGCUGCGAGGGAUGUAAAGGCUUCUUCAAGCGCAGCGUGAGGAAGCACCUGACGUACAGCUGCCGCAGUAAGCAAGACUGCGUCAUCAACAAGCACCAUCGCAACCGCUGCCAGUUCUGUCGCUUGAAGAAAUGCCUUAACAUGGGGAUGAAGACCGACUCUGUCCAGAGCGAGAGGAAGCCCGUCGACGUGACACCCAGAGAGAGGCACCACGCCAACUGCGCCGCCUCCACCCAAAAGAUCUACAUCCGCAAGGACCUAAACAGCCCGCUCAUCGCCACGCCGACCUUCGUCUCGGACACGGAGACGGACGGCUCCAGGUCCAGCCUGCUGGACCAGGGCAUGCUGGUUAACAUCCAGCAGCCGGUCAUCCAGAGCGAUGGGACUUUGCUGCUGGCCACCGACACAAAGAUGGACCCUAACCAGGGGGACUUGGGGACACUGGCCAACGUGGUGACGUCACUGGCCAACCUGAGCGACUCGCUAAGAGAGAAUCUAAUCAAUGGGGAUACCUCGGACAGCCAGCAUGAGGAGCAAUCAGCCAGCGAGAUAACACGUGCCUUCGACACACUGGCCAAAGUUUUCAACCCGCCUGACGUUGCUGUCGGGCCGAGUCCGGCGGAGAAGACGCAGUGCGUCGGCGGAACAACCAUCCAGCUGAUUGGUCGAGACCAGGAGACCCCCAUCAUUGAGGUGGAGGGGCCACUGCUCACAGACAGCCAUGUCGGCUUCAGGCUGACCAUGCCCAGCCCCAUGCCUGAGUAUCUGAAUGUGCACUACAUCUGUGAGUCGGCCUCCAGGCUGCUCUUUCUCUCCAUGCACUGGGCGCGCUCCAUCCCGGCCUUCUCAGCUCUCGGUCAGGAGGCGGACACCAGUUUGGUGCGAGCAUGCUGGAAUGAGCUGUUCACUCUGGGCCUCGCUCAGUGCGCUCACGAGAUGAACCUGUCGACCAUCCUCGCUGCCAUCAUCAACCACCUCCAGAGCAGCAUCCAGGACGACAAAGUUUCAGGGGAGAGGGUGAAGCAGGUGAUGGAGCACAUAUGGAAGUUCCAGGAGUUCUGUAACAGCAUGACGAGGCUGGAAACUGACCGCUACGAAUACGCCUACCUGAAAGCAAUAGUGCUGUUCAGCCCAGAUCAUCCAGGUGUGGACAGCAGCGGGCAGAUUGAGAAGUUCCAGGAGAAAGCCUUGAUGGAGCUGCAGGACUACGUGCAGAAAAGCUACCCAGACGACACCUACAGGUUGACCCGCAUCCUGACUCGUCUCCCUGCCCUGCGCCUCAUGAACUCGGCCAUCACGGAGGAGCUCUUCUUCACCGGCCUGAUUGGUAACGUCUCCAUUGACAGCAUCAUUCCGUACAUCCUCAAGAUGGAGACGGCCGAGUACAACAGCCAGGACUGCGACCCCGGAGAGUGACGCCACCCCAGCUUCAGGUACUCCAUCUCUAGGUACUCUAUGGGGGUUUCACCGCGGAAUCCUGCAGCGGCCCCUUGGUUCUUUUUUAACGGUGAGAAGUCAUUCAGGAAUCCUCGGCAGAUUGACGUUAUCUGGGACUGAGACGCCGGGAGGACAGACGGAAUAUUCUCUGCAGUUGAGGCGGUGCGGCCAUCUUGGAUUUGUGUCUGUAGACUGAAUGGAAGAGACUGGGCUCGUCUCCUUCAAUGUCUUAACGGCACUUCAAGCAAAUUACGUAUCAAUGCGAAAUAAGCCUUUUUAAUUGUUGCGGCCUUUUCUAGGCCUUCCCAUGCACUCAUGUUGAUCACGUGACUAAACGUUAGUUUGCAGGUAACCGAUGAGGUGUAUCAACAAGUUCAAAAAGACGUCUUGUACGUGGAAGUGAGAUUUUAAAAGUCAAAAUAUUGAAUCUGAGUACUUUAUUUUAAAGUGUACUUCUUAGCUGUUUUUGUCUGUAUUUGGUAAUUAAUAUUGGCACGUGGAAAACAGGUGUUUUAGUGGCUGUGGCGUUAAAUUGAGGAUCUGGCCUUUCACAGAAGCUAAGGGCAGUACGACUGAAUAUCAAUCAAAACGCAUCGAAACACGCUUCCAACAUUCUUCUCUCUUUUAUUGCAUCCUGAGACAUUAAUGUACAGUUUUUACUUUAAAUACAUUUAAAUACUGGUAGGAAUGAGAACUCUGAUCAGGUAUGAAAACAAUGUCAAACCUCAAUAACUUCAUCAUUAAUCUGUAUUCAUAAUAACUGGCAUUCAUGGCAUUCUUCUUCCACACAGUGCAUUACAACAUCCCAGUUCUCACUCUAACUCGCUUUCACGAACUGUCCUUAGCCAAAUCAGCCAGUUAAACUGAGCACGUCUCGUCUUUCCUUCUUUCUUUUUUUUAAUGCAGAAUCAUCCCAGAGACUUUAGCUGUGAUGUUUUCAUGUUCAGGUACAUUAUCAUGGAUAUGUUGCUAUAGUAACCCGUGCAAUCGCCUCAUUACUUGCCCCUUUACGACAAUCACUUCUAUGUUAUUUCCGUCUGUCCCACCAGCUUCUGCAUUUUAUAUGUGUAUUCAUCAUUUAUUCCUUUCAAGGAGGGAGAGAGAUUGUCUUAAAGAAUUAUUGCGUACGUGUGUUUGUACUCCGCUAACUGCACAUCAAUCAGCUUCUGUCUUCACGCUGACUAAAAGUUUGUGUUUUGUAUGUUUCUUUUCUAAAAUAUUUAAAUGCGUUGUGAACAUAUUUGCCUGUCGCAUACUAAGUGUACUUAAAGUACUUUUCGGGAGGUUUAUAACCGGUUUUAAAACAUAUUAAGUAGAAUUUCCUCUCGUUUAACGGAGCGACGUGAAUGAGAAGGGGAAUGUUAAGAGGUCAACAAGGAUCAUGUAAAAAAAAAUAUAUAUAUAUGUCACUUGUAAUAUUCUAGGGUUUAAAACCCACGCAGACUGUUGUGAAAUAACCUUUGUACAUGUAGUUUCAUUAAAAUGAGUGCAUGAUGUUUUUAGGCCGGGUUUUAUAAUCUUGUCUCUGUCUGCCCUAAUAAGGGGCGUUGUUAUCAAUUUUAUAGUGCAUUGCAGUGCAUGAAGAAGUUGCUUAAGUGCAUUUUAUUAAAUGCUGUAUGAAAAAAAAUGUUAAUUUAAAUGUUGUGGCUUUAAAAAAUUAACCAUGAGGAGAUUGGAUCAUAAAACCUGGGCUCCGUGGACGGCGUGUCCGAUGGUUUGGUUUUUAUACUGUGUAAAUGUACUCUGGUUUUCUGCUCGUGUACGAUGCUUCUCUUCAAACGAGGAGAAACAACGUUCAUGUUUUGCUCAAGUUUGUCACGACCCCACAUUUCUACCUCACACCGAUAAAGAUAUAAAACAUGUAAUAAUGGCUGAGCUCCUGUAUCGGCAUUCCAGUCUCUGAGGCCUCACGCUAUUAACGAAAUAAACAAUUACGUAUGAAAUAUGA